AAAUCCAAAAGAGCCCAACACUGCUCAUCAGCUCAUGGCUAUCCUACUACCUACCUAACACGAAUACAUGCCUUGCAAGUGGAAAACGUUAAAGUCACGACUGCAAACUCAUUGAUCCAGCUGUGUAGAUUUUACGUAUCGAGAUCACAGUUUAUAAUUUAUAUUGGACCUAGGAUAGUAUCCCUGGUGAAAAUCGACGUCAUAUAUUUGGUUUGUCAUUUUUAUUAGUGCGAAUAUUUCAAACUUUCUGCAAUAGUAUCUCUCAUUAUAUGUACUACUAUAAAACAAAAACUAUUUCGAUAGUUAUAAAAAUGGUGUUUAUUGUAUAUUUGUAUCGUGAACAAUCUUGAUAUCAGGUCAUAAUGGAUUUCAAAUUUGAUGUCAACAAACUUUUCGUGAAAGAGCUAAACAAGAUAACGCACACACUAAUUCCUACGGACUUCACGAGUAACCCGCAAGAGCUGAGAGGACUAGGAAGUAUUCUGGGGUUCCUUAAAACUGGUUGGAAGAAUCUUUUUCUGUUUGAUGAGGCAGGACUUUACCAUAAACUGCGGACCAAAUGUGUUCUAGACUUUUAUGUGCACGAAUCAAAGCAACGUAUGGGGUUAGGGAAAAUUCUUUAUCAACACAUGUUAGAGGAAGAACACCUUCAACCUGAGAAACUCGCCAUUGACCGACCAUCUAACAAAUUUUUGCAGUUUUUACAGAAGCACUAUGGAGUUCAUGGCAUUAUAACACAAAACAACAAAUUCGUGGUUUUUAAAGGGUUCUUCGAUAAUGUAACCCGGCCUACAAAUGAAGUACAAUCCAUGCGGGUAGGUGAAUUUGUUUUUUCUGGUUCAUCACAGAAGCAUAGUAACAGUACUGAUGAACAUCUCUUACCCAGGAAACAUGCAAUAUCUUAUCCAGCUACAUCGAGAAGUUCGUAUGGUCGAUAUGCAGCUGCUAAACCCACAUGUUCAGUAGCAAAUAUAAUCCAUGAUGUACCAACACUUGGCCUAAUUAAUGAACCUACUGGAUCAAAAAAUUAAUGGCACAAUAUUUAUAAUGGACUUGCAGGACAGACGUUCAUGGUUAUUUCUUCAUAGUGUCCAAUAGCAACGAGAUUGUAACGUUUCUCAAUUUUGUUCUUUAUUUGAAAUAAUUAUUGUACAAAUUCAAUUUCAACUUUUAUAUUUUUUCUAUGAUAUUGGAAUUAUAUUUAAAAAUAUGAAUAUUGACACUAAACAUCGAUUAACCAUUCAAUACGAUAUUCAAUGUAACUUAUCAUCUUAUGUGUCUAGUUCAGAUGAAACCGUACGGCUGUCAAAUUUUUUCCGAUCUAUAUGGUGUUAUCAAGCAAAUAUUUUUUCUGUCCGCUGUUUUCAUUUAAAUUUCGUACGAAUCUUAACAACUGAAUCAGGUACCAAAUAAAUAUAAGAAAUACGCAUGCAGCGUAGAUCCAUUGUUGUUUUUUAUUUUUAAAAUUACUUGCCUUAUUGUUUAUGGGAUAUUUCUACGACUUCAUGAACUGAAGUAAGAAAACACCUCGCAAUUAUAAACGAUAACGGGUGAUAAAAGAACAGAUAUUAGGAGGGAGGUGGUAAGGUGCCCUUUUUUGGCAGCCUUCUAACGUACACAAAGUAUACUGUACAAUCGGGAACUGUACACGCUGUAAUUGUACACAUGUAAGCUUUACACAUUAAAAUUGUACACAGGGGACAGUGUACACAUCAGAAUCAUACACACUGCAAGCCUCACUUUUUGUAUAUACGAGAAUCACUUGGCGCGCGUUGCGCGCCUGUUUCUUUAAUAACGAUGAAAAAAUAGUUUUUCGAAAAUAAUUACCACAAUCACACUCUUUCCAUAUGUAUUACUUGCCUCAUACAUAUUGGUUACCCUAUACGUAUUAUUUGCUUUAUACGUAUUACUUGCCUCUUACGUAUUACUUCCGCCAUACUUAUUACUUGCCUCAUACGUAUAACUUGCUUCAUACGUAUUGCUUACUUCAUACGUAUUCGUUACCCCAUACGUAUUACUUGCCUCAUACGUAUUGCUUACCGCAUACGUAAUACUUGCUUUAUACGUAUUGCUUACCCCAUACGUAUGGCUUGCCUCAUACGUAUUACUUACGACAUACUUAUCACUUGCCUCAUACGUAUAACUUGCCUCAUACGUAUUGCUUACCCCAUACGUUUUGUUUACUUCAUACGUGAUCGUUACCCUAUACGUAUUACUUGCCUCAUACGUAUUGCUUACCGCAUACGUAUUCGUUACCCCAUACGUAUUACUUACGCCAUACUUAUCACUUGCCUCAUACGUAUAACUUGCCUCAUACGUAUUGCUUACCCCAUACGUAUUGCUUACUUCAUACGUAUUCGUUACCCCAUACGUAUUACUUGCCUCAUACGUACUAUAUGGGACAUUCUUAGUCAAAUCACGGGGUCAUCUGCCUGACCCCUUACGAUUUUGAUAAUAUGAGCUAUUUUUGGUUGAUUUUAGGCUGAAAUUAAGCCUCUAAUUUUUUUAGAUUUUUUCAUUAAUUUUUCUAAGCUCCAUCAUUUUGAAUAUCACGAUUUUUGCAAUUUCUCAAAAAGGACCAUUUUUUUUAUCUGAAUUUUUUUUCACAGAAUCAGGUACACAAUACACGCAUUUUAAGCACAGCAAAAAUCUGG